ACAAAAUUUGAAGGUUUUGAGACCACCAUAUUUCGGAUUUGUUUGAAUAAUGGUACUAAAUCUGUGUAUCCAUUUUUAGAAAUUCCUAUGAAUUGUGGAAAAGAAUAUACCAUUGCAACUUCAGCCGCAGUUGGACAUUAUACUAACAACAAUUUUAAGGAAUCAGCACUGAUUAUUGCGUUUAGUAAAGCAUCCAAUGACACAUCAGAUAAACCUGAUCCAUGGUCUGGUACAAAGGUUUGUUCAUUUAGAUUGGAACGUAUUGAUAUAGAAUUUGAUUUUAUUAAGACUAAUUGUAAUGAAGAGAUCGCAUCUGUUCCAGAGUGGAUGUUUGGACCGUAUGAACAGUGUAAAAAUUCAUCAGGAGAUAAGAUUUGUGAUAACGUUUAUGGUAUAGCUAUCCAAAGUAAAAGUUCUGAUUUUCAAAAGGAUGAUCAGAACCUUAAAAAGAGUUUAAAAAGAAGUUUAAUAACAUCAAUAAUAACAUCAACAUUUAAUAAUUAUUUACAUAUACUGUUAUCUGUUGAUGAUGGUCAGUUACUACAAUUUUGGCAAAAGACCACACCUGGUUUACCAUGGGAGGAGAAAAAUGGAACACUAGUUGGUAUAAGUGGACUAAAGCCUGAUACAGCAUCAGAUACAACCAGUGAAUAUGUCUAUGCUCUAAACAGUAAUAAGGUACUGAAGUUCAGUUUGGACUUUUGUCAUGACUAUACAGAUUGUUCUCAGUGUAUGGUUAAGGGUAAAGACUUGGAAUGUAUCUGGGUUAAUUCAAAAUGUGUGGCACCUCAACCGAAUUUGGGCCACAAUCACAAUUCUUGCCCACCAUUAAUUGAUGGGAUUAAUCCUCUAAAUGGUCCAACUCAAGGUGGAACUUUAUUGACUUUGACUGGUCAAAAUUUUGGAAGCGCAAUAUUAAAAGAUAAAGCCAGUCUGACUGUUGAAAUUUCUAAAAUAAAAUGUGACAUUGAAAAUUGGAAUUCAACAUGGUUAAUAUGUCGAACUGGUCCUGCUCCUGUACAACAGAGACCAGUACAGAUAACAGUUACAGGUAGUACCACGUUUGGUAGAAGCUACCAUGUAGAAGGCACUGAUUACUCUGAACAAUAUUUCUCUUAUCAGGAACCAAAAAUAGAGUCUUUUCAACCAAAACGAGGGCCUGUAGCAGGAGGGACUAACAUAAGGAUCAAGGGAGAUAAUUUGAAUAUAGGAGGAUUGCCAAAUGUGUCUGUUGCUGAUAAUUUUACUUGUAUCAUUUUCAAUUUAACUAGUACACAGAUUGACUGUACAACUGUUCCUUGGCCAGAAACAUCUGGUUCCAUAUCAUCAAGAAGAAAAAGAUUUAUAAAUAGAGCUAAAGGAUAUGGUCCACUAUUGGUAAAAAUUGAUAAUGCUACCUUAAGUAUUGAUGAAAAUGGAGGAACUGACUUUUUCUACUUAGAAAACCCGACAAUUGAUCAUAUUUUACCACGUCAAUCUUUUGUUAGUGGUGGUAUACCAAUAACUGUGAGAGGAUCUAACUUGGAUUCAGUAGCUAGACCGUAUAUAGGAGGUUCGUUAGAUGGGAAAGACUUAACACAACAAGAGCUUUGUAAUGUUACGGAAGGAGGAGAAGCUAUGAUUUGUCCAGCUCUUGAUUUUAGUUCUGUCAUCACCAAUGCAGAGAAAACAGAUCCAGUGGAAGUCAAUUUGUGGUUUAUUAUGGAUGGUGUGGAAAAUUUACGCAACUUUCAUCAAACACAGGGAAAAUUAAGUAGUUUUACAUAUUAUCCUGAUCCAGUGUUUGAUAAAUUUCGUGGAGACUGGAAUGUUUUAGAGUUUGAUAUUUUACAAUCAAAUCUUCUCAUUGAAGGUGAUAAUAUAGGAUUAGGUUUUACACAGACAGAUAUAAAAGUUAUUGUAGGAGAUGAUAUAUGUAAAGUAAAAGAUUUAGAAGAAACUAAUAUUAAAUGUAUUCCGAGUAAUAAACCAACAUCUAUAAGUGAAAAUGAACCCAAGAGAAAAGUAGAGGUUCAUGUUGGUAAUCUUCAUUAUGAAAUAGGAUUUGUCAUAUAUACAGCAGGAGCAUCAGCUUCAACAUAUAAACUUGUUAUACUGGGUGUAAUAAUAGCUUUAAUCUGUAUAGCCGUUUUCGUUAUAUUAUGUAUAAUGAAGAAAAAACGUAUUGGUUUCUUUAAACCCCCACGUGAUGAUCGUAGUAUCAGAUAUACACAAGGUGAUCAUAUUGGUAUUGAUAGUUUAACACAACCUGGUGAACAUACUUUUAACCUAGAAAACAGACAAAUCAAUUAUACAGAAAGAGAUGCUAUUGCUGCAGCUGCACCUUCAACCCUUAUAGAUGAUGAUCUGUUAGCUUUAAUAACAAAUGAAAAUCUGCUUAUAGACAGUGAACAUUUAACUAAAACUGAAAUAUUGGGCAAAGGUAAUUUUGGCUGUGUAUAUAAAGGGUUUCUUACAUUGUCUGAACAAAAAGGAGAUAUAUUGGUUGCUGUUAAAACUUUACAUCAGAGUAAUCCUCGUGAAAUAGAGCUAAAUGCUUUUCUCCAAGAGGCUCUAUUAAUGAAAGAUUUUCAUCAUGAGAAUGUUCUAGAAUUAAUUGGGAUAUGUCUUGGAUUAGAUGCCAUGCCUCUUGUUAUUCUACCGCUUAUGGAACACGGUGAUUUACUCAGCUACAUCAGAGAUGAAACUAAUAACCCCACAAUUAAAGAUCUAAUACUGUUCGGUAUAGAUAUAGCUAAGGGAAUGGAAUAUUUAGCUGGCCUUAAGUUUGUUCAUAGAGAUUUAGCUGCCAGAAACUGCAUGUUGGAUCAAGAUUUCCGAGCAAAGGUGGCUGAUUUUGGUUUAGCAAGAGAUAUCUAUGAAAAAGAUUAUUACAGUUCAGACAAUAAAAAAAUGAAAUUACCAGUAAAAUGGAUGGCAAUGGAAAGUUUGGAAAAAGGAACGUACAGUGCUAAAUCAGAUGUGUGGUCGUUUGGUGUAGUUUUAUGGGAGUUGAUGACAAGGGGAGUUAAUCCGUAUCCCGAGGUAGAUAACUGGGAUGUUAUACGUUAUUUAAAGGCUGGAAGAAGAAUGGCUCAACCCCAAUACUGUCCUGAUCCUUUGUAA